GAAAUCUCUUCCUGUUUAAAAACCCUAGACAGGGAAGAUUGGCCAAAGGUUUCUUCUUGACUUCGCUACUUUUCUUUGAUUUUCUUGUCUUCUUUUUCUUGGGGGAGGUUUUGAAUUCUCGAAGCGAUUCGAUUAGCCAGGAUUUUAAGUGUAUUGGUGCUCUGAUCGAUCUUCUGUUUUUAAGGUUAUAUUGAGGCUGCGAUACUUGGAUAGAGUAUAGCAAAAUCAAGAGCAUGAGCACUCUUGAAGUGAGGGGACCUUCUCUUAGAGGGUAUAGACGGAGGAAGGCAGUGCUGGAUCUAAAUGUUCCACCUAGUGAAAUCCGGGAACAGGAGGGUACUUCGCAACAGGCUGGGUCUGAGGAAUUGUCUAGCCAGCCCUUGCCGCCUGUACCGCCUGCUACUAUUGAUGUUGAGGCUUUUGAUGACGAUGUAAUUGAAUCUUCUGCUAGAGCUUUUGCGGAGAUUUUAUGUCAGGCUAAAAACAAUUCAAGGAGGAGCCGUGGAAGGACUGUUCUAGUUGAUUUAGAUUCAGGCCAGCUGGCUAGGUCAACUAAUAAUAAUCACAACAGGCGCAGAAGACUUCCUCCAAGCCAGACAGUUAUCAAUUGUGAUCAUUAUAUCAAUUUGGAAAGCACAGCACAGACUAUGGUUGAGGAAAUUAUAAAGCCUCAGCCACCUCCAAAGGAACCAACCUUCAAUUGUCCAAUUUGCAUGGGUCCAUUAGUGGAGGAGAUGUCAACAAGGUGUGGGCACAUUUUCUGCAAGGCAUGCAUUAAAGCUGCAAUAGCUGCCCAGGGAAAGUGCCCUACUUGCAGGAAAAGAGUCACUGUGAAGGAACUAAUUAGGGUCUUCCUUCCUUCAGCCAGUUGAAUAUGAGCUUUAUGUCCAACUAGUAAUGGAUAAUUCAAACUGCCCCUAAAAAGAGAGAUUGGAGAAAUGGAUUUGGCGUGUCAGUGCACCUAUCUUUUGUAUUGUGGAAUUUCUGACAUGUCCUGUAUCAAACUAUGUUUUGGUGAACCAUCUUUUUGAUAAGUUAUCUGAGCAGGUUUUCUUUGCUUGCUUAGAUGCAUGCAAAUCUGCCAGUUGAUAGCUUGUUCAGCUCAGCUUCAUUGUUAUUUGGAAAUUAAAGUUGGACUUGAUGACAACUUGUUUAUGUGCAGUAAAAGAAAUUAAAAUCAAUGAUUUAGGUUACCA